AUGCUAGGCAAUCUCAAAGAAUUUAUUUCAGUCGUACAAGAUGGCUUAAGUUCAAGUAAUAAUCUUCGGCAGACUCUGCAAGAGGUUCAGAAGGUAACUAAUAUAUUUAAAGAUAAACAGAAAGUUUCCAACGAAAAAGUAAAUUUCGGAGCUGGUGGUGCACUAUUAGAAAAAUAUCAUGAAGAAUGGGCUGAACUACAUGACUAUGCAGACAAAAAUGCAAAAGCCGCCGAAGAAGUAGAUAGAUUGGUCCUUCACUUACAUGAGAUCUCGAAUAAACGUUUAAAAGCUGCGACAGAACUUUCAAAUAAUAUAGCUUAUUUACCAAUCUUAACAGCAAGUGUCGCGCAGUGUAUGGACGGCCUAAAAAAUUUACAAAUAUUGUUACAAGAAGUUGAGGAGCAACUAGUUGAGUUUGAAGAUUUAGUAGAAAAAAAUAAUAUGGAAAAAUGGAAGCUUGAUCAUCAUUAUGAAUUAAGUCUUUAUAAGAAGAAGAAAAUGACACAGCUUGAAGAAACAAGAACACAGUUAGCAAAAGAAAAUGCAGAGCUAAAUAACAAAAGAGAGAGACAACAGUUUGCAGAGCUGCAAAUAAAGAGAGAGACUAGUGCAGCUGCAUUCCAGAGUGAUGUUGCAAGAUAUUUGACCAGUGGCAGCUUACCUUCAGGUUCAGGACCUCAGCCAUUGCCAACAGCACUUGAACAAAUUGAAUUGGAUGUUGAUAGUUCAGACUUAGAAAAAUUCUUAGAAGAAAGCUGA